GCCUCCGGGUCUGGCGGCGGCGGCUGGCUUGUCGCUCGCGCUCUACCCGGCAGGUCUGCGGGUCCGCGCGUCGGUCGGUCCUCGCGUCCGUCCGUCCGUGUUCUUCCAGCCCUCGGAGUGGGCCGAGCAGGAUCGAGCCGGUGUCGGGAUCGCCCCGAUUGCCCCGCUGCACACAUGGCGGCCAUCAAAGCGCUGCAGGAAUGGUGCCGGCAGCAGUGCGAGGGCUACCGGGACGUGAGCAUCACCAACAUGACCACGUCGUUCCGCGAUGGCCUGGCCUUCUGUGCUAUCCUGCACCGCCACCGACCCGACCUCAUAAACUUCGGUGCUCUCCGGAAGGAGAACAUUUUUGAGAACAACAAGCUGGCCUUCCGCGUGGCCGAGGAGCAGCUGGGCAUCCCCGCCUUGCUGGACGCUGAGGACAUGGUGGCUCUGAAGGUGCCUGACCGACUGAGCAUUCUGACCUAUGUGUCCCAAUAUUACAACUACUUCCACGGCCGCUCGCCCAUCGGGGGCAUUGCCGGCGUGAAGAGGCCCCCAACGGACUCCAGUGAGGAACCUUCUGGAAAGAAGGCCCCGCCCCAGCCGGCCCCGCUGCCCUCGCCUGCCCCCGCCCGGGGGCCACCGCUGUCUCCAGCCAGGACAAACCCCAUCGUCCAGAUGAAGGACCGGGGCUGGGAGGACCCAGCCACAAAGGCUGCCCUUGCGGGGCCAAGCGGCUCGGUCAGCAGCACCUGCGGGGUCUGCGGUAAGCACGUGCACCUCGUCCAGCGACACCUGGCCGACGGGCAGCUGUACCACCGCAGCUGCUUCAGGUGUAGGCAGUGCUCCAACACCUUGCACUCAGGUGCCUACCGGGCCACGGGAGAGCCAGGCGUCUUUGUCUGCACUCGCCACCACCCUGGAGCCACCUCUGCGAGCCCCAAGUUGUCCUCCAGGCCACCAGGGACUUUCCCUGUGGACUCCAGGUCGCCAGGGGCCGUCCCUGUGGACUCCAGGUCUCCCGGUGCCCCACGGAAGGCCCAGGAGACGAAUGGGCUGAGGGAGGCAGCACCAAGGGCCAGUCCAGCGGUGGGCAACACGACAGCCAAAGGUUUUGCACAGACCGUCCUUGAUCCACCGGCCACCAGCUCCUCCCAAGUCCACGGGAGGAGUCCAGCGGGGCCCACGAGCCGAGUGGCCUCCUCUGGAGUUGGCAAGGUCAGCUCUCAUGUGACCAACAGCUCCCCAACGGGAUGGUCAUCACCCACCCAGGGCAAAGCAGCCGUCAGCCCCCGUCCUGCUGGAACCCCAAGCGCCCUGGACCCUCCGCCAGGGACACCCCAAGGUCCAGCAGCUCCUGGAAGGGUGGCGGCUCAGACCAAGCCGGCUUCAGGUGUGGCAGCUCUGGGUACAGUGGCCUGGACCCCCAUGGCCUCCAAGACCCAGCAUGACCGGGAGAAGUUCUUCCAGACCCCGGCCCUGCUCAGCAGUGGCCCAGCCAGCAAGGUCCCCGCCAUGGCCGGUGCCCCUUCGCAGGACAGCAGCAAGCAGCGGGCCCUGAGCGUCCUCAGGAAGGCCCUACCGGGGCCGGGGGACACGGGUGCCCAGGCACCUGGCAGGCCCGGCCCAGCCACUUCUGCCCUCAAUUCCCACCCCAAAAAUGAUAGCCCACAAACAGCUUCGCCAGCCAGGUUGUCACAUUUGGUGACCCCCCUCAGCCCCUCUUCAAGGACAGAGCCGCAGGCCUCCCCGAGUGUGGGCAGCACCUCGCGGGCGUCCUCAUCACCCCAGGUGGGCGGGAGGAGCUUGGCUGGGUCCUCGGAGGCCGGAAGGACAAGUGCUGGCCCCAGGCUGAAGCCAGAGGCCCCGAGGGCGAAGGGCCCAGGUGCUGGCUCCCAGGACAGCCAGGCGGAGGGGCCGGAAGGCUGGAGGGCCCGCCUGAAGCCCGUGGACAGGAAAGGCCCCGUGGACAGGGUUCUGGAGCUGAAGGAGCCGCGGGUCCUGCCAGAGCCAAGGGUGGAGGACUUCCCCAAGAAGGUCCCGGGCAGCUCCGAGGGGGGUGUCCACAUCACCCUGACACCUGUGCAGCCCGGGAGGACACCAGGCCCAGCCGGUCCUGGACCCAGCCUCACAGCCCCCUCUCCGUCCCCAUCCCGCCGCAGGAAGCUGGCUGUCCCGCCCAGCCUCGAUGUUUCUGCCGACUGGCUCCGGCCGGAGCCCUCGGGGCGGAACGCCGGAGCCCAGGGCUGGAAGGAGGAGAAGCCAUGUUCCCAGGGCGCACCAGGGAGGCCCGUGGGCCUGGCCAGCACCCCUGCUUCUGAGACAGUGACCUCCCCCGUCAAGCUGCACCCCGACUACAUCCCCGAGGAGGAGAUCCAGAGACAGGUGCAGACCAUCGAGACGCAGCUGGACGCGCUGGAGCUCCGCGGCGUGGAGCUGGAGAGGCGGCUGCGGGCAGCCGAGGGAGAUGCCACAGAGGAUGACCUCAUGGUGGACUGGUUCCGGCUCAUCCACGAGAAGCAGCAGCUGCUGAGGCUGGAGUCGGAGCUGAUGUACAGGUCCAAGGACCAGCACCUGGAGGAGCAGCAGCUGGACCUGGAGAGCGAGCUUCGCCAGCUGAUGGCCAAGCCUGAGGGUCUGAAGUCACUCCAGGACCAGCAGCGGGAGCAGGAGCUGCUCAGCCAGUAUGUACGCACCGUUAAUGACCGCAGUGACAUCGUAGAUAUCCUGGACGAGGACCGGCUCAGGUGA